AUGUUUUCCUUUACCAAGUCUCCAUUUUGGCAAAGAUAUCAAGAUAUUAUAAUAAUCUUUGUUAUAUCAAAUGUUUUAAUAGUCUCUUUCAUGUUGCUUGUUUACUUUUUCUUUGAACAAUUGCGAAUUCACGAGAAUGAUCCGGAUACAAAUGACGAAUUGCUCAAUCAGAGUUGGCUCAUCAUCAACAGAAUGUCCACUGUGGUUUUAUUGUUGAGCCUUCUCACAACUCCAUUCGCUAUUUAUUUCCCAGCUGUCAAUGAUCGACUAUCACUGGCGAUUCGUUUACUAGCAGUAGCCGAAAACAUCAAUAAAUUUGUUUAUGCUUUUAUUGCUCUUUUUUGGUACUUUUGUGAGUCGAGGAUUGAUUUAUUCAGAUGCUCUGACGGAUUUAACGCUACUGUAUUCGCUGUCAACGACUUUGUCAACGUGUAUGACCUUACCGAUGUUGCUCAAUACUGCCAAUUCUUGAUAUCGUUGAGCCGUUUCCUCGUCGUUUCCUUUAACGGUCUUUACUUCCGGUACACCAGUCGAUGGCCACUUGCUCAGCUCAUCUUCCCAUAUAUUCUAAGAGUAUCCAUGCAACUAGCAAUCUUUCAAUUCAUAACAAACGCCUAUUUGUAUGCAAAGUUACGCCAUUUUAUCCCUGCUAUUCCAUAUUUUUUCACUUGUGGUCUCGAUUAUGCGACGAAUCGGAAUAUGAAAUUGUUGAAAAAGAAUGGCAGGAAUACUUCGAGAGCGGAGAAUUUGUUGAUGAUACAGAUGAUGGCCAACUCAAUGCUAAUCUGGUUCAACUAUAUUCUCGCUUACAUUGUUGGGAUUAUGCUCGCUCUCUAUUUUGGACUUAAUGCUCUAUUUGUCUUUGAUGCUAUCGUCGAUUUCAAUCAGUUUCUCUUUUUUCAUUUAAUUGCUAGCAUAAUAUCAGCUCUAUUCCUUCGAAAGUCAAAGGAACGGCCGCAAACGGCUGUGAAGCGGUUGAGCAACACUGCCAUUACGAUUCGAAAACCUCAUGCUGAUUCGGCUCGGAUUGGGUCAGCUACUGCAGCCAACAGGACAUUAACUUAUGAAGGAAAA